CUGGCCGCCUCGGAUUUCCGCGCUGGGCCGCGCAGGGAGCCGGGGCGGCCAUGGCGGAGCCCACCGUGUGCUCCUUCCUCACCAAGGUGCUGUGCGCCCACGGGGGCCGCAUGUUCCUGCAGGACCUGCGCGCCCACGUGGAGCUCUCGGAGGCCCGGCUCGGCGACGUGCUGCGCCAGGCCGGGCCCGACCGCUUCCUGCUGCAGGAGGUGGCGGUGCAGGAGGGCCCCUGGGACGCCGAGGCCGAGGUGGCGGCGGGCGCGGGCGGCGGCGGCCCCUCGGCCUGCAGGGUGGUGGCCGUGUCCUCCGCGCGCCUCUGCGCCCGCUACCAGCGCGGCGAGUGCCAGGCCUGCGACCAGCUGCACUUCUGCCGCCGCCACAUGCAGGGCAAGUGCCCGAACCGCGACUGCUGGUCUACCUGUACCCUUUCCCAUGAUAUCCACACACCUGUCAACAUCCAAGUCCUGAAAAACCAUGGGCUUUUUGGCCUCAAUGAGGCCCAGCUUCGGAUUCUGCUUUUACAGAACGACCCCUGCCUUUUACCAGAGGUCUGUCUGUGCUACAACAAAGGUGAAGCCCUGUAUGGCUACUGCAUCCUCAAGGACAAAUGCAAUAAGUUUCAUGUGUGCAAGUCCUUUGUCAGGGGAGAGUGCAGGCUUCAGAAAUGCAAACGGUCCCACCAACUCAUCAACGCGGCAUCCCUGAAGCUGCUGGAGGACCAAGGACUGAAUGUGUCCAGUGUCGUUAAUUUCCAGAUCAUCUCUACCUACAGGCACGAGAAGCUGCAUAAGAUGCUUGAAAAUAAAGAUAAUUCAGCUUCUUCUGUUGAGCACUCACUGGGCCUUGAGAAGCAAGGAAGACCGGUUCCUGGGGCUGCAGAAGCUCGUCCCCUGGCUUCUGCCCCUGCCCAGUCGGCCAAGAAGCCAUGUGCAGGGAAACCGUGAAGGACGUCGCUGAAGUAAGAAGAAGCUCAAGAAGCUCAUCCAGUUGGAAGGUCUGGAAACAAAGCUUCCGUUUUGAGCUUUGAUUUGCAGCUAUUCAUUCAUUUAAUUAUUUCUUUAAAAUACCUACCUCACGGGGUGUCGUGAGAAUGAAAGAAGAAGGAAAAGGAGACGUUGUCAGAUUUGGAGGAUAAGGUCGGAGAUGAGGUUGGAGCAGGCAAAGAGAGGGUAAACCUGAGUGCAGAUGGGGUCCGUGCUGGGCAAGGCCUGGGAUGGCAGCUUCUGCCUGCAGUUCCUGAGAGCUUUCCCGGGCCGGCUGGCAGAGCUCGUAAACAGGCAGGUUUCGCUGACUUGCUCUGUGACCCGGCCACAUGUUUGCCUGCAUGCUCAUAUAUACAGUUUGAAUACAUCAACCUCAUAAGCAUCUUCUCAUAUUUGUUCACAUUUAUCACGCAUCAUCAUUUUUGUGCACAGAUACAUUCGUAUAUCAUAGUUUUCUUAACUGCUUCCCUUAUCCUGGGAAAUUUUGAUUCUUUCUAACAAAUUUGGAAUAUAACUCUUUUCUUAAAAUCCACACAAUAUUGAAUUUUUAAAGUUAGUCUUUUGCUUAGCUUAUAGUUGCAAAAUGAUACUGUCUUUUGAUUUGCAUUUCUUUAGGUUUAUGUGCAAGUGAAUAUUUUUAUGUGUCUGCUUUCUGUAGGUCUUUAUUUUGUGCAUUUUGCACAUGCCCUUUAAUUAUGGGGGCCUGUAAUUACCUCUUUUGUGCCAAUGGGGGAUGGCCUUUAGUUAGGCUCCUUAAUUUUUAUGAAAGGCUGUCAGCCAUACUGUGCUCAUACAAUAUUCACCUCUUGUGGUUGCAUCCUCGGGCAACACAGAGAGUAUAUAACUUUUGGGUGCUCGCCAGAGAUUCCUACCUCACUUCUGCUCUGCCCUUAUGAAACUUUGUCCAAAGCCCAGUUGUUAUGGUUUGAAGGAUGUGUAGUUCAUCCAUUCCUCAAAAUUCUAUUCAUUCUUUUAUGGAUCAGGAUGGACCAUCAGAGAUCUAUAUACCUCGCCCACUUCAUGUUCACUUCCCCCUCCCUCUCCUCUCUUCCCCCACCCAGAUGUCUUCAUCCAGUGAUGCUUAGAUGUUUGGUUCUUUGUUUCCAUCAAAGGGUACCACAGAGAAGCACUUUAUGGAACCCUUCCCUGUGUUUGCUGUCGUAAUAGCCCCACAUGUCUGUGUGGAGUGUUUUUAGAAAUACUGAACUGUCCUGCAAUAGCAUGACAUUUGAGAAAUAGGGGCAAGGUAGUGAGUUUUUCAUAAGGCUAACUUUAUUUAAUUUAGAAAUAUUUUUGUCGUGAAGUUCUGUCUUUUGCAUUGGGGGUGGUAUUCAAAAAAAUGUCUUUUGUAAAGGGAGAAAUUGCUGUUUUCUCCUAAUGGACAGUAAAAGUCAUGCAACUUUUGUUAAACUUUUCAGUUUGGUUGUCAACAAUGGUGUUUCUGAAGCCCUCACAGCUUGCAUAUCUUGUUUCUUCUUCCUAGUUCUGAUUUCUCCUGGUGCUGAUUUUUAAAAAUAUAUUUUUACGUUUUUAUUAUUAUCAUUAUUUACAUUAUAUCACUGUACUACAUAUAUUUUUGUUGUAAGCCAUCGUCAGUCCUUAAUGGAAACAGUGUAGUAUGUAAAUGCUUAUCCUUUAUAUGAAGAGACUUGGUAGACUUUUAUAUUAUCGUGUUUCUUUCAUAUAUCUUUUAAUUAUGUGCUUAUAUAUGAGGCUAUUGACCCUUUGUAAUCUUUGUUGCAAUAUUUUAUUCAGUUCUAUAAUAUUUCAUUUUAAUUUUAGUUCUUUGGUAUUCAUUCUGUAGAAAUAUUUUAUGUAAUCGUACCUGACGAUCAGCUGUUACAGAGUUAGACUCAGAGAUAAGUUUUCUUUGGCAAUUUAUUGGGCCUUACGAGAUGAAGCUAUACAUCUCUAGACUCCACAAAUUCAACAUAUCCUAAAUUGAAGGAUUACGUUUUCUCCAAGCUGUUCUUCCCCCUUCCCCUUUUCUUUUUAAUUUUGGAGUUUUCACCAUCUAAUGACUUAAGCCCCAAAACUGCAAAGUGCCCCAAUACUCUUCUCUCUCCUCGUUCCCAGUGUCAAAUUGGUUACCUAAUGUUGGAGAUUAUUUUCCCCUCGAAAAUCUCUCAAAUUUUUAUCCUUCUCUGUGCCUUUCUUCACAUUCCCUACACACUGCCUUGUUUAAAACCCUCGUCACCUCUUACAGAACUCAGUGGUUUUCAAGUCAUGUCUUGCGAGUGUCUUGUGGGAGGUGCUAGGUUACGCUCCUUCAAUGGUGGUUGCCCCAUUUUAAUUGUUAAUGUAAUAGACUUUUGUGGAUUUCAUUGAUCUCCUUACCACCCUUCUCUCCCUCUGCCUUCCCUUCUGCUGCCUGGUUGAUCUUUUGAAAUCCAGUCCUAAUCAUAUUGCUUUUUCCUGCCAUUACCUUUAUUGGUCCCCAUCACGUAGGGAACGAGUCAUAAACUCAGACAGCUACAGGGACCAGAAAGGUGAGUUAGUGGAUGAAAUGAGCUGGAUGUAAGAGGAAGCGGGUAAAGAGGAAGUGCUGUGGCAAAUUGUCCCGUCGAAAAGGGGCCACUGCCUCUCGUUUUCAUGUGGGAACUUGGUCCGGUUUGUCAGAUUGUCCAUUUUGACAAAAGAAGCCAGAAAGCCAGAUUUUCUGAUCUUUAAAUAUUAAGUUUUUAAAAUGCAGGCCAAUAUUGUGUGUACUGACCUACUUGUGGUUUUUGGAACGGGCCGUUUGAUCCGGUGCCUCUGCGUUUGUAAGUUCCCUCCCUCUCGGUGUCACCCUUCUUCCCUUCACCUGCCUUAAAACCUGGUAAAAUUAGAUUCUUUAACCCUUUGCGGUCGUAUUAAAUUUGGACAUGGGUGUCAUACUGGUCGGAAUUAAUUUCCAUUGAAAGAGCAGUGAUACAUAACAUGCAAGAUUAUGAAGGAUAAACAAGAUUUAUU